UAUUUUUCAAUACAUUUGCGGCAAAUAUUUUUUGUACACAUGUUUAAAAAUAAUAAUUUAAAAAUGAAGCUGAUGACAGUUUAAAGAUGGCUUCAGUGAUAUUUGAAAUUCCAGUGACAUAACUACACAAAUAUGCAAGGGCUACUCACCUUCUUCCAACAGUACCUACCUGAGCUGGAAAGAGUAAUGAAAAAGACCAAGACGACCAGCUUCAGAUUCAAAGGGAAAGAGUUCAAGCUGAAACCGAAUCGCAAAGGGAGGAUGAAAAGAACUAAGUUGGAUCCGGCGACGAAAAUAGCAAGGACGGUAUUCAGGUCUAUGCAAGCUCACGUCGACCGACUGACCAAAAAUUCGAAAAGGUUCAAAGACUUGGCCUCGGAAUCAGCCAUACCGAUAACAACUGAAGCAAAGAUUGUUAAACCUUCAAGGAGCAAAGUACCCAGAAUUAAAAAAUAUUCCAGUUCAAAAAUAACCGCCGAGAAAACUAACUCAUCCGUCAACGAGAAGAAAUUACAUUCGAAAACGAGGUCUAAAUUAACUCGUCAAAACUCGAGUUCCUCAGUCGCAAGCAAAACGAAAAAAGUAAAAUCGGAAAAUAAAAAAUCAAGGCGUUCAAAGAUUGCAGACGCGGAAAAAUCAGAUAUUAAGAACAUAUUAGAAAUGAAAAGGGAAGAGUUUCUAAGGUGUCUUAAAAAUCUCCAAGACGAAUUAUCAGCGUUGAAGGUGCCGGAUUUCAACCUGCCGCAAAAGGAUUUGGUAUCCAAAGAUAAAAAGAAAUCGACGAACACCGCCACGAAGAAAAAGUCGACAGCAUCGAAAAAACGCAAAGACAGCAAAGCUCCAAAAAAGAAAUCGGAAGAUUGGUGUCUCAACAGAGAGCUGAGCAGCCAGUCCAUGUUCUCGAGCGACGACUACGACUUCGAAAAGCACGCCCUCGACGUCAGGGAAAACCUGAAAAUGAGUGACCUGGGGCCCGGAGUCUACCCUAAUCUGAACACACUCCCGCAGCCAAAGAACAGAUUGUUCAACACCAUUCGUCAGCUCGCAGAGGCAUAUAACAAACCGAACUCGAUGCCCAACACGAUCAGCGACAUCAAUUUGGCAACCCUGGAACUGAAAACGGACGGAGUCGGUGACGGCGAGAUGAACGCGAGCGACUUCUUCGAAUGGGCUCAGAGGCCGCUCAAAGGUAUUAAAUUUCCAGACGGUGUCGCCUGAUGUCCUGUCAACUUUUGUUUUUUUCAAGAAAUACAGUUUUAAAAGUUGGCUUUCUAUUCUA